AUGGUCCUGGUUCACAACAGCUCCGAGCCCACAGUAUUACCUCCAGCUCAGAUGCCCGAGUAUGGGCGCUCACGGAGGAAACGUGUGCCCAAGUCUUGUGACUGCUGUGGUCCCAACAGUAAACCUCAUUCCUCAGGCCAUGACCAGGUCAGUAAGAAGAGGGGUCGCAAGAAGAAAGAGUUGCUUGUGGUUAACCAGGUGGAGGUGCCUGCUGAGGUGGAGGUCUCUUCUGCUGUUGUAGACUUAGUCAUGGCACCAAAAGUGGACUUAGAAACGUCCUCAGAGAUGGAGAUGGUAACAUCUCCUGAGGCUGAGAUAGUUACUGAUAAGACAUUGGACCAGAUUUGGCCUUCGGUCAGUGACACAGCAACCGCUCCAAACGGCACAGACACGGACAUUUGCACAGAGCCUGGUCCUACCACACAGAGCCAUAGCCAAGAACAGGAUCCUGCCAUGACCGUUGACAGCACUGAGCAUAAUAAGACCUUGCAAAGUGAGAGCACAGAGCAGGAACCUGCCACAAGAAGUGCUUGUAUGGAACAGAACUCUACUGUGCACACUGAAAGCAUAGAUCCUGUUGAAGAAAGUAUUAACGUAGAGCAGGAUUCUUCCACACAUAGAGAUGACAUGGAAAUUGAGGAUCCUGCUCCUCUUAAUCGGAAUGUCAGUGCUCUGCGGGACCACGGUUAUUGCAAGAGUCCUUGGUUCCAGGACCCUUCCGGGUCAAAGGAGGGUCCAUCCGAAGGAACGGAGCUGUCUGAAAUCGACAAUGAAGGAAUCGUAGACCUCAUUCAUGAAUUCCUUGAAAACUUCUAUGAGAAGUACGGGAGCUUCAUCCCACUGACUGAAUCUGAUGUCGUUGAGUACCUGAAUCAGAAGUUAAACGCUGACCUCAAAGACAGCAGGAAACUGAUAAAUGCUGAAGUAACAAAGUAUAAGGAUGGACUUGCCUCUGCUCCUAUGCACUACUUCAAAGUGACUUACAACAAGCACACACUGACACUUGAGGACCUUUCUACACUUGAUGACCAAAACUGGGUCAAUGACCAGGUGAUAAACAUGUAUGGUGAAUUGAUCAUGGAGGCUGCAAACCACAAAGUUCAUUUCUUCAACAGUUUCUUUCACAGACAGCUGGUGGCGAAAGGUUAUGAGGGUGUGAAGAGAUGGACCAAAAAGGUAGACUUGUUCUCAAAGAGAUUACUGCUAAUUCCCCUCCAUCUGGAGAUUCACUGGUCUCUCAUAACCGUGGACAUUGCCAAGCAAAGCAUCAACUUCUACGACUCCCAAGGAAUUAUGUUCAAAUAUGCUGUUGAUAACAUUCUGAGGUACAUUCUGGCUGAGGCAAAGGAAAAGAAGCAGACUGUCUUUCAAAAAGGCUGGAAGAUGAUUGUAAACAAGUGUAUUCCACAACAGAAAAAUGACAGCGACUGUGGAGUUUUUGUCUUGGAGUACUGCAAGUGCCUAGCAUUAACAGAACCGUUGCAGUUCACGCAAGAAGACAUGCCUCGAGUCCGUAAGAGGAUUUAUAAGGAGCUCUGUGAAUGCAAACUUGUCGUCUGACUGAAGCACGAGUUUAAGAUGCUGAUGUUUCUUACCGGCUGCCACAGGGAUCAUGGUCUUC